AAGCGGAGCGCGAGGGGAGAGGGCGGGGGGAAAGGGGAGAUGCCCGCGGCUCAGAGCCCACUAGAUCCGGGAGCUGAUUGGGUUCCCAUCGCAGGAUCUCCCGCAGGCACAGCUACCAGGAAACUGGAGUAUUAAGCUGCACCCAUGGAAGGAAAGGGGCCUUAUCGUAUCUAUGACCCGGGUGGGGGAACGGAAAAGGGAGCAUCUGCUGCCUUUGAACGGCUGGUGGAGGAAAAUACCCGGCUGAAGGAGAAGAUGCAGGGAAUUAAGUCUCUAGGUAACGGGGAUCUAUUGGAAGAGUCUCAGUUAGAAGCCUCCAGGCUGCGUCAGAAAGUGGAGGACCUAGUGAAGGACAACGAAAUGCUAAGGUCCACCUCCUCUCUUGACAAACUUGCGGAAAUGGCAGGAGGAAUCCCAGAUCUUUGCUCUUCCUCAGAGGUUCCAGGUGAAGAUCAGAAGGGGAUGGAAAAACCCACACAGAAGCCACCCAGCAGUGGAUCUUCAUCUGAGUUUGAAAUUGUUGGAGCUGAAGAUAAAAGGUCUUCUCAGGGAAGCACCGGGAAAUCGGACAUUGAGCCACUUCAGAACGAGGACGGCAACCUGAUGCUGCACCUCCAGCGCUUGGAGAACACGCUGAGUCUCUUUGCUGAGGAGUCGGACAAAACGCAGCUCUUUGCCCACCUGGGGCGCAUGGCUCUGGAGUUCAACCGGCUGGCCUCCAAGGUGCACAAGAACGAGCAGAGAACAUCCAUCCUUCAGGUUCGAAGGCUGCUGGCCUUGUGUGAGGAGCUGCGGAACGAGAAUGAGGAGCUGAGGGCAAAGUUGGAGAAGGAACUAGAGCAAAGGAACCAGGUUUCAGAGAAGCUGAGGUGUGAGAAUCUGGAGCUCAGGAAGAUGGUGAUGAUGGGCAGCAAAGAAGGAGUCAAGGCAGAAGGUGUAGAAUGUGCUGGACAGCAACAGAAGGGGGCCGCAGAGGAGAAAGCCACAGGGAAAAGCAUGUUGGGGUCAAGUGAGAAGAAAGUGAAGAUCCUCGAGCACCAACGCAACGAGCUGCUGGAGGUAAAUAAGCAGUGGGAUCAUCAUUUCCGGUCCAUGAAGCAGCAGUACGAGCAGAAGAUAACAGAUCUACGGCAGAAGCUUGCUGACUCCCAGAAAGCCCUGGGGGAGCUGGAGGCAGAACGAGAGCAGAAGCAGAGGGAUUUUGACCGUAAGCUCCUGCUGGCUAAAUCCAAGAUUGAAGAGGAGGAGGCAGAAAAGGAGAGACUUGCCAGUGAGGUGAAAGACCUAAAACAGAGGGUGAAAUUCCUUCAGGAUCAGUUGGCUCCAGUCACCAGGCAAAGGGAGUACCAGGAGAAGGAGAUUUUACGGCUUAAUAAGGCCUUAGAAGAGGCCCUGAAUGUUCAAGCCUCUGCUCCUUCCCCUUCGGGCUUCAACAGCCCCAUUGAACCUGGAGCAUCUGUCCGGCAUCAGGAGGUGGUGACCCAGAAUGAGCUCCUAAAGCAACAGGUGAAGAUUUUUGAGGAGGACUUUCAGCGGGAGCGGAGUGACAGAGAAAGGAUGAAUGAGGAGAAGGAGGAGCUGAAGCAGCAGCUGGAUAAGCUUCAGAAGCAGUUGGUGCUCACCAACAGCCAGAUGCAGAUUUUUAAAGAGGACUAUCGUAAAGAGAAGGAAGAGAAGGACAAGUUCAAGAAGCUGCUCAAGCAGCACAAACAGCAUUCUGGUGACAGGCUUCAUCCAGAGCCGCAGCCAGGACCGGUGGCCCCAGUCUGCCCCAUGUACCAGUUCCAGUGCCCCACUCCAGUCCAGCCCCACAUGUAUCAUGGUUACGAGGAGUGGCAGCAGAUCCGUUACCCACCAGCGGCAAUGCCAAAUGAGCGUCCUCCGGUUCAGAACUACCACCGAUUCCCUCCUCCAGAAUAUACCUGGUAUCCACCAUGUGUUAUUUCACAAAAUCAGAACGCGCAAGCGCCAGAUGGUGGGAAACAACUCCCCAAGGAAUCGGACCCUACAGGCCUUGGGUUACCUAAAAACCAAAGGCCCGCCUAACUCUAUGGCCAUGUGCAAGAGCAUAAGAAAUGGAGUUGUGAUAUACGCAUGUGAGUCUGCAUGUACAGAUAAAAGCCUCCUUGUGCUCCUGGACACUAUUCACAUUUAUCUGUGUACAUGGAAUACAUGUACACUUGGAUGCUUGAGCUAACAGCAGCUUUAGCAGGAAUUUCUGAAGACGUAUGGAAGAUACUGCCAAGGAGUGACAGUGGCCCAGUAUUAUGGGGAAAACCACUGGAAAUAACUACCUGGGUCUCCCUCUCACUCACUCAGCAUUUGGAUGAAUAACUCUUUCUGACCUCAAGGAUUCAACUGCCAUGGAUCCGCUAUCAGAUUCCAGUGGCAAACACCGGCAGCCCUGUGUCAACAGAACCUAUAUCUAGCUGAUUCCCCCUGUGAUGUGACAGCUUUACAUUUACGGCGUCUGAAUUUGGUGGCAGCGGAAACAUUCUAUGUGCAAAAUGACUUUUGCAGAGCAGCUGUUGUGGCCAAUGCCUGGACAGGUUACAGACACUGAAUUUUUGCAAGGGGAUAGGGAGAAGGAGAAAUCCAAUCCCUGUAUAGUGUAUAGGAAGUAAAAUAUACUUUCCCCAUGCUGAAUAUAUUUUUUAAAAUUUGCAUGUCGAGUCCAGUGGUUUAGCCCAAGGAAACAUUAUACUUCCACUGAGUUGUGCUGUUCAGCGUGGUUAAAACUAGUAUUUGUUUGUGUAUUGCGCCACAUACUCAGUUUAUACAUAUACCUUAACUUACCCUCCUCUUAGUAUCGGCAGCUUCCUGCAUUGUUUUCCUGAGCCUGAAACUCUGUUCCUGUCUCUUUUCGAUCUCACAGUAUGAAAUCGAACCCAUUAGUCUCAAUGUAAAUGUGGUCUGCAAACAGGCUAGCAGGUGUUGCUGCACAGCUUCUCUCUCUCAACUCUUGAAGACAGCUUGCUGGACUAGAUGGACUUCCAGUCUGAUCUAGCAAGGCAGUUUUUAAAUGAUUCCUGAUGGACUGGAUGUGCUAACGAGAAUAGCUAAUCUUUGGUUGCAAUCCACUUUCCUUGGCGUAAUUCCACUUGAGGCCAGUGGGAUUCACUCCAGAAUAAGGUUGUGCUGUAAAUGUGGUAGUUUAGU